AUUCAAAAGAGUGAUAGCUUCUUCAGCAGAGUAGAGGCUGCAGAAUCGGAUAAAGGAAAACGGCCCUUGAAUGGCAAGGGUAAAGAAAAGGAAAAGACUUUGGCUAAGCAGAUGACGCUUUUCGGCCUCCCGCCUGGUGCUGCCCCCGAGAAAAAAUCUCGCAGCAAAACGAAGGGAGGCGAAGAUUCUGAGUCGCAAGAAACGUCUGUGUCGAAUACGAUAUCUGACAGCCAAGCAACGGAUGACGUUGGGGGUAAUGCUGCUGACUUCUCGGAGGAUGCCACAUUGGUGGAGACUCGAAACACAGACCCAAAGCUCCCCAGUACUCAGACCUUUGAUCCUCCUGAGGAUGAUGAUGAGCCCAUCGAAUGGCCAGACUCGCCUCAGGCAGAGGUUGACGAUGUGUAAUGAAUUGUCUUGUUAUUUUCAGUAGCUUUUGUUAUAUAAUCCAUGGCAUGUAUUUCUAAUAUUAUCGGGGUCUACAGACCUUGUAAUGACCACCGG